AUGUCUAUAGCCCCCGUCAGCCACUGUCUAGUCCGCGGAUCCAUCACGCACAAAUACCAUAAAUCGACCAUACAUCAUAUCUCCCGCUCGAUCGCUUCAGACGUCGACGAGUUCUUCCACGUCGAGGAUGUCGUGCGGCCCGGAGAGACGAUCUCGUCAACGCAGUUUGAGCGACGCGCAGGGGGCAAAGGCGCCAAUCAGGCCGCCGCGGUCGCGCGAGCAGGCGGCACUGUGAGCUUAGUCGGUGCUGUGGGUGAGGACGGCAUAUGGGUCAUGCGGGACCUCGAGGCCAUGGGUGUUGAUGUCACGAAUGUGUCUGUCGUUCAGGAACCUACUGGGCGCGCAGUGAUCCAACUCACGCCUACCGGCGAAAACUGUAUUAUCCUCCACAAAGGAGCCAACUAUGCCCUCCAAGGCCCUCCAAGCGCCGUCACGCUCGCUUCCACCACGCAUCUACUACUCCAGAAUGAGAUCCCAUGGCCCAGCACACUUGCCUACCUCACCGCUGCGCGCGCGCAGGGCAUAACGACGAUCUUCAAUCCCUCCCCGAUGCCAGACGACAAUCAGAUCCGCUCCUUUCCCUGGACACGCCUGUCUUGGCUCCUCGUCAAUGAAGGCGAGGCCGAAAGCCUCCUCGCCGCCUUCCCACCCGAUACGCCCGCGUCAGAUGCAUCCUUUCCAGUCCCUGCGGGAUGGCCAAGCCACGCCUCCCUCGUGUCCGCAUACACGGUCGUGAGGAAACUCGCGGCCCACCCAUUUUUCUCCACGACGACGAACGUAAUCUGCACACUCGGUGCAGCCGGCGUCUUAGCCUUCUUACCCUCUUUGUCCCAGCCGAUUUACAUCCCUGCAGUAACACUACAUGGUGAUGUACGUGACACGACGGGAGCUGGCGAUUGUUUCACAGGAUACCUGGUUGCAGGGUUGAUGCAACUGGAGGCAGCGAGGGCUGAUGCGACCGCCCUGUCGGAUAGCGAUGUCAUCAAUAUUUUGACAAGAUCCACACAGGCUGCCGGAAUGUGCGUUGAGAAGCGAGGUGCAUUAGAAAGCAUCCCCGCAGCUGCAGAUGUAGAACGAAGAUUGAAAUCAAUCGUGACAUAA